AUGGCCAUGGCAAUGUCCGUUUUACAGACGUCCAAUUGGCAGAUUUUGGAAGCACAGUGCACAUGGACUCCCUUCACGCACAACACGGUGACCCCAUCGGCACGCCUAUCUUCAGAAGCCCUGAAGCGCAUCUUCAAAUGCAAUGGGGUACUGCAACAGACAUUUGGUCUUUUGCUCAUCAGCCUUCUCUACGGAGAAGGAUUCCAUAUCUUCAAGCCGGAUGUCCCUGCAGACCAUGAUGAGUACGACCUCAGAAUUCUCAUGAAGCAUCAUAGAUGCUUCGGGCCAUUUCCAGAAUCGUACGAACAGAUUGCGGACCAGCAACGACUAGCUGUCCUCGUUUGGGUCAUGCAGAACAGCCCCCCCGAGACACUGCGGCCUUUUCAUCUCACCACCACUCAAGAGAUUUGUAAGGAAGAUAAGGAAUUCGUGCUACGAGCAAUGCAGCUUGAUCCUCGCGAUAGGCCUUCAGCACGGCUGCUCUUGGAAGAUGAGUGGCUUCAGUCUUAA